CUAUCAUUAAGGCACGAAAAGGUUUCUGACACUUGUUCUGAGCCUGCUCUGUCAGACGCAGUCCCGUCUUCUCUUUUGCCAUUGUCUAAAAGCCCAGGAGCAAUUCCCACACACGCUUAUUAUUUCUCGAGGGAAGUGUUCAAAAUGUCCUGUGCAUAAAGUGGAAACGAUUUCAACCGUCAAAAUAUGGGAGCUCUAGGAACCGUGCUUUUGCUUCUGUGCCACCUUGCGGCCAUUUUCGGCUUACAAACCCACGUGAAGAACAGCUAUCAUGGCACUUGGGGACCCAAUUCGAUCAAAAGAGCGUCCACAGAACCGAUCAAGAGUGACAUUCCAGAAUACUGGAAAACAAUGGAUUAUAGCAAGAUAAUGGCCAGAGAGGCAACUGUCGACUCUACUCGUUCAGCUGCCGGACCUGAAACGGUUCCAGGAAACACGAAUGAUGUUUGCAUGACCAAGGGUUGCGUCCAGUCGGCUGCAAUCCUCCUGUCCAACAUGGAUGAGUCAGUCAAGCCAUGUGAUGACUUCUACCAUUUCAUGUGCGGAAAUUACAUCAAGAAUACCGUCAUUCCACAAAGCAGCCACUCAAUGUCUUAUUUCGAAUCCGAGAAGCAAAAGGUACACCACCAGAUCCACAGCCUCCUGAUCAUGCCGGUUGAAUCGCCCUCCAAAUCUGACAAAGACGUCCGCAACUUCUUCCACAGUUGCAUGGAUGAGGCUGCUCAAGAACAGCGGGGUCUGGAACCGGUCAUCGAGAUGCUCGUUCAUUUGGACUUGGCGAUUCCUAUGAUGAAUGCGGCUCCGAGCAAGGACUCGCUGAACAUUAAUCAUGUUUUGAAACAAUUGUUAUUCAAUUUGAUGGCAGAUACAUCACUCUUUGGAUUAGAUGUUGCCCAGGAUAUGAAGGAUGCCAAGAACAAGCAAAUAUUGAGCAUCUAUCCGCCAAAAUUCGAUUUGCCGGGAUAUAUAUUGGUCAACAAUUCCAAGCAGAGCGCAGCAGUUCGUUCGUUUUACAGAGAUUACCUUUUGCAGAUCGCCAAGCAAUAUCGGAACCAUCUUGCCUUGACCCGAUAUCAAGGCACAGCGGAUAUGGAACUAGAGAUUGCGAUCAAACGAAUCGUCGACAUUCAAGAGGCUCUGAUCAAGAUCAUGACAUCUAAACCAACAUUACUGGAUCAAUUGAAAGAGGUCACUUUCCAGGAAUUUAAAGCCGCUUUGAAACCCCAGGCUGACGAGGGGUUAGAUAUUGCGGGAGUGAUUGAACACGUGGUCAAGAACUUGACCGGCGUGGUUCUGACUCCUUCCACCAAAGUGAAUGUUCCGGAUUGGAAAUACUUUCAGCGGCUUUCGUCAGUAAUAGCUCAGGUGUCCUACACCGACAUGGUAAACUUGCUUGUGUUCCAAAAGAUGGUCGAAUUCGCACCCUACACCACAAGGAGUAUGUAUCAACUCAGGAACAUAUUUUAUGGGAGCAUUACUGGUCUCGAGGUCCCGCCUCCCAGAUGGGACACAUGCGUGCAGACCACGGUAUCAUAUUUUGGUGCCAAAGUCUCUCAAAUGCUGAUCAAGAAUGAGCACGGCGCAGAAAUCAAAAACUUGACCUUGUCCAUGGUUGCAAAUUUGAAGGAGGCAUUCAAGGAGCUCAUCAAUGAAGCGAAAUGGAUGGAUGCAGAGACAAGUGCCAAGGCUCAAGAAAAGUUGAGCUCAAUGGACACAUUGGUGGUCUUCUUGGACUCGAUUCAAGGGAAGGUCAUUGAACACGUUUACGAAGGGAUGCCACCAAUGAAAGCCGGUACCUUGCUGGCCAACACUGUGAACUUGCAAAUCUUUUGGACUCGAAAGGCCCUCUCAACAUUGAAGGAGAAACCCACGUUUGAAAAUACCGACGAUAAAUCCUUUGAUACUGGCUUGGUGAAUGCCAUGUACGUGCCAAAUUUCAACGCCAUUUGGAUCCCGUUGGGCAUUCUUCACUCACCAAUGUUCCAAAAGGAUCGCUUGAGUGCCUCUAACUUUGGCGCUUUAGGAAUGGUCUUGGGCCAUGAAAUGACCCAUGGCUUUGACAACAUGGGUUCACUCUUCGACAAAUCCGGCAACUGGAAGGCGACGUGAGUUCACACACCGGUCCCGAAGGUUAAACCAAAAAAUAGUUAAAAGACGUGAUACGAUGAUUAGCCUAGUGUUCUACCAUGAGAGAGGUCCCCGGUUGGAAACUCCUCCUGGCCGUUCUCAAGGCAGCUUUGAGAACCUAACCACGCCCAAAGACUGAGGACCAAGCGGAUGGGAACAUUAAACUGCCAAUUAUUACAUUUGGGAAACGAAUGAUGAGAUUACCUGAUCAUCCCAAAUCAAGGAAAAGGGAAAGUUACGCAGACACCUUUGCGCAGCAAAAUAUAUUUCUUUUUGUCAUGAAUACCUGGAAUUAAAAAUUGAGCCCAAUGUAAAACUUAAACCAUUACAGGGGCCAUUACUUCCAACGUUAGAAAACCCAAACGAAAUGGGGAAGAGGCACGGUAGAUUGCUAAGUAAAUUAGUGGUGACAUGACAUGAACAAAAUUUCUUUCCGGACAUUGUGUGACCCUGAUCACUAAUCUUAUAGAAGAAUUUGAUAGAGUUUGCCAAAAGAUAACUCAAACGUAAUAUAGUUGAAUAAAAAAAAAGAAUCUGCCCAGUCGGCCCCAUACUUGGUUGAGGCUCACUCACAAAGCGCCUUCUGAAGUGCAAAACGUAAAUCAUAUAUUUCUUGUAGCGUAAGUACGACCUG